GAAGCAGUCAAAACGACGAUCCAUUAAUGAAGAAUGGGAUCAUCGGCGUCGGAAGAAGACAUAAUAAUGGCGACUCUACUGCAAGCCGAACAAGCCGCCGCUAUCACCACCAAUUUUGCUUCCUUCCCUGAAAACAUCAAUAAUCUCGUUCAACAAACCCUAAAACCCUUCCUCUUCUUCAAAGCCGACGACCAAUAUUCGUUACAGCAACAACAACAACAGCAAUCCGUUUUCCCGUUCCCGUUUCCGUUCCCCUCAACCACCGCCACCGCCACUUCCCAUCUCCUUUCCUCUCUCCUCAGAUCCUCGCCUUCCUCGCUCAGGGAUGCAGGAGAGAGCGGAAAUCAUGGCGACGGCGACGGCGACGGCGACAACCGCAAAGGUGGAUUGAGGGUUAGGACGGUGAAGAUGAAGAGGAUGAAAGGGAGGAGGAAAGUGAGAGAGCCGAGAUUCUGCUUCAAAACCAUGACGGAUGUGGACGUUCUUGACGACGGUUACAAAUGGAGAAAGUACGGCCAAAAAGUUGUUAAGAACACCCUCCAUCCAAGGAGUUACUAUCGUUGCACGGAAGAGAAUUGUAAGGUAAAGAAACGAGUAGAAAGAUUAGCAGAAGAUCCGAGAAUGGUGAUAACGACCUACGAAGGAAGACACGCUCAUUCCCCAUCCGAUCGUAAUUUAGAAGACACCAACAUGGGUUGCCUCAACACUUUCUUUUGUUAGAAUAAUGUGCAUGGUUUUGUGUUUAAACUUUAUAAUUGUUUUGCAUUGUAAUUAAGUUUUAUAAUCAAACAAUAUGUACAUACUAG